ACAAAUAAUUAUUACGAAUUGAGUCUUCUUAUAUUGUCUAAGUUUAGAUACUUAAAUUUGCAUGCAAGUAUGAUUGACACAUAAUUAGAAUUUGAUAAGAAAGGACGCAUGGCAUAAAAUUGGAGUCCAUUUAAAUCUAGAGAUACUUGACAUCAAUUAAUGGAACAGGUAAAAUGACAUUUAGCAUGAAAUUGGAAUGUAAUAUAGAGUCCUCAUUGAACUUUCUCUCUGCCUUAAUUUAAUAUAUUAUGCAUAUUCACAUAGUUCUAAACCUGUGCUUCUAAUGCUAGUGGCUCUUGUCUUUGUUAAGGAAGAGAACUUAGAGAUGGAACAAUCAGCUAGUAGGGAAAUUCAACUAGCAACUGCUUCAACAAAUAAUGAAGAUCAAAAUACUCAAAAGGAAGCAGACAUUUCAGGUGGAAAUGAAAAUAAAAAUGAUGACUUGGUAAUUGAAAUUAGCAAAAUAGUCAAAAUGACGGAAAUUCAAUUAUUAGAAGAGUGUCGUAGCUACAAACUUCCACGCUACCUUCGAAAAUGGAAUGAAGAAGCCUACACUCCUCAGGUUAUUUCAAUUGGCCCGUAUCACCACGAAAACCAAAGAUUGAAAGCCAUGGAAGAGCAUAAAGAGAGGUACUUCAGGAGUUUCAUGAAACGGAGUGAGAGAAGCUUGGAGUAUUUAGUAGGCACGGUAAGGGAACUGGAAGAACGCAUUCGCAGGUGUUAUGAAGAGACUAUAGAUCUUACCAGUGAUAGGUUUGUGAAAAUGAUAUUGCUGGAUGCGUGCUUCAUUCUUGAGCUUUUAUUCCGACGUAGUUCAUUAAGUUUGACAAGUCAUGACGAUUCUAUGGUUGUGGAACCAAGGGCUGCUGCUGUGAAGGUUGACUUGCUAUUAUUUGAAAAUCAGCUUCCAUUCUUUGUUAUUAAGAAACUGCAGCACCUUGCAUUUCCAUCUCUUCCCGAUGCAUUAUUUGAAAAUCAAUGAACAUCCAAAGCUUUUGUACUCAGCAACACAACUCCACAAGGCAGGAGUAAGGUUCCGGCUUGGUAAAAGUGAACGCUCUUUUGA